CGGAGGUAGUCCUCCACGUCGCGUCAGUCUCCGACGAGUUCCUCAGCUGAUCGCAGCCCCAAAUCCAAUUUUAUCAUUAAAAUAGCCAAAAUAAUUUUUGCAGAUUGCAGAAAAAAUUUAUUAUUUAAAUUCCAACCAGAUAUUUGCCGGACAUUCGCUGUUGCCAAAAAAGCAUGGAGACCUCUGAGAAAUGUCUUGAGACGUCUGUACGGUCCGAUAGACAGAGCUGAGAACCUCUUCCUCAAGAUGAAGAACAUCUCCUUGAUGGUGAACCAACUGGUCUUCCUGGUGCUGGCUGACAAGGUCUUGGUGCCUCCGCAGCAGAGGAUGACGUGCCUGUACAGUCUGAUGUUCUACAAUGUGAUCGCCUACUGCGUGGGGUACAUCAAGGAGCUGGUGGAGAAAGAGGACUGGACCCCUUACGUCACCCUAACUGAGAGAUCCAGGAUCAAACAUUUAGCGAUGUCCGCUACUAAAAUUGUCCUUGAAUGGACCAAAGCUGUUACUUUCGCCGUCACCGUGACAUUUAUGUUGCUGGUCUUUGGAUUGGAGCAAGGAUUGCAGAAUUACAAACCGUCAACGAUGUACACGAUCAUCACCUGGGGAUAUUAUUCAGCAACCGAAAAAGUCUUCGUCGACAUGUUUCCAGGUAUUUUGAAUUUUCUCCAGCUGGAAGCUCUGGAGAACCUGGAGGCCCUAUACGCACCAGUGAUCCUCCGACUGUUGACCAUUUCCAUGUCAACUCUGUUCACCGUUAUUCUCCUGCCGACAGCCACCUGGAGAUUCCUCCUGGUCGCCAUUUACCUGAAUAUAUUCCUCAGGACGAAGGAAUUAGUGAAGAAUUCGGGGGCUGUCCUGUGGGCAGAGAGACAAAUUCUCAAUAGAUACAGAAAAGCUACACCUGAGGAGAUUGAAAAAUUCGAUGAUGUCUGCCCUGUCUGUCUCUUCACGAUGAUCAAGGCAAGGAUCACACCCUGUCAUCAUUUAUUUCAUGCUGAUUGCCUGAGGCAGUGCCUCAAAACCAGCGACAAGUGCCCCAUGUGUAAGAGAGAGCUCAAAUUCGAUUGAUUUAUUUUAAUUGUCAAGGCUCUGGAGGAAAGGGAGGAUUUUGUACUUUGAUACUGACACACUUGGAAUAUUUUUUAAAUAGAUUUUUCUUUAUUGGCAAACAUUUCAAUUUAUUUAUGAAUUUUUCCCAAUUUUUCUAACACUUCGAAUUAUCCAGAUUGAAGAUAUCCCUAGGAAAAAAAAUAUCGUUUAUGUAAAUAAUCUUAUAAAUAAACUAAUUGACUUUUCUAUCUACCCAAAAACAUUGAGAAAUUUUUCUUACAGAUUUUUAGAAGAGAUGGGAUUUUUUCAAUAAUUUGGCUGUUUGAUUAAACAAUUAUUGAUUUUUUGUAUGGAUUGUUAUUUAAAUAGUGGAUAAAUGGGCUGGUGGGGGGUAAAAAAGGAGUGAGGGAAUUAAAUCAGAAUUUUAUUUCCAGAUGAUUUAAUAUUUUCAAA